CCCCCCGGCGUUUCUGUCCCUUUGGUAGUGACCGAUUUUCACGCCGGGCAAGAUGGCGGCUGUACUGCCGAGGUGUAGGAGCCGCUCGGCAUGAAAUCAUUUUUUAACAAAUUUAUUAAAAUCAAACAAUUAUUUGAACACCGGACUACAGGGAGCGUGUACCACUUACCACAUUCAUCGAUAUCUAAUUUUAUAUGUUGUGAUAAGGAUUUAUUUCUGACAAAAUGAUAAUUGUAGUAGCUCGCUAAACUAGCUAACGUUAGGAAACGCCGGAGAAAGUGUAGAAUGGGAGAAAAGCUAGAACUCAAGCUGAAGUCGCCAGUUGGAGCCGAAGCUGCUGGCUACUCGUGGCCAUUACCAGUAUACGAUAAACACCAUGAUGCUGCUCAUGAAAUCAUUGAGACCAUUCGUUGGGUGUGUGAGGAGAUCCCAGACCUCAAGCUGGCUAUGGAGAACUAUGUCCUCAUCGACUAUGACACGAAGAGCUUCGAGAGUAUGCAAAGACUUUGUGACAAAUACAACAGAGCCAUCGACAGCAUCCACCAGCUGUGGAAAGGCACCACCCCACCCCUUAAGCUGAACAAGCGGCCGUCCAACGGGCUCCUCAGGCAUAUCCUGCAGCAGGUGUACAACCACUCGGUCACGGACCCAGAGAAGCUGAACAACUAUGAGCCAUUCUCCCCAGAGGUGUACGGUGAGACAUCCUUUGACCUGGUGGCCCAGAUCAUCAACGAGAUGGAAAUGAUGGAGGACGACACCUUUGUAGACCUCGGCAGCGGAGUGGGACAAGUGGUGCUGCAGGUCGCUGCAGCAACAAACUGUAAACACUACUUUGGUGUGGAGAAGGCAGACAUUCCAGCCACUUAUGCAGAGUCCAUGGACAAAGAAUUUAAGAGGUGGAUGAAGUGGUAUGGGAAGAAACACGGGGACUACUCGCUGGAGAGGGGUGAUUUCCUGUCAGAAGUGUGGAAGGAGAGGAUAGCCAACACAAGUAGUGUAAUUUUUGUGAACAACUUUGCUUUUGGUCCAGAGGUUGAUCACCAGCUGAAGGAGCGCUUUGCUAACAUGAAGGAAGGUGGGAAAAUUGUAUCCUCAAAACCUUUUGCACCUCUAAAUUUUAGAAUCAACAGUCGAAACUUGAGUGACAUUGGCACAAUAAUGAGAGUCGUGGAGUUGUCUCCGUUGAGGGGUUCAGUGUCCUGGACUGGAAAACCAGUUUCCUACUACCUUCAUACCAUAGACCGCACCAUACUUGAAAACUAUUUUCAUAGUCUCAAAAAUCCUAAACUCAGGGAGGAGCAAGAAGCAGCUAGGCGUCGUCAAGAAAAGAAUAGUAAAAGCAACAGCACCACACCAACCAAGGCAAAGGAGCACAAGGAUUCCUGUGAGGAGGUUGAGCGACCAGGCCUAUUGGCAGUCGUGAAGGCGCCACCCAAACCGCGGCGCGCCAAACUCCUCAAGGGCCGCAAGCUGAGUGCUCGGAAGCGCGGGCGUCCCAAGAAGGCUGCUGUGGCCGCAGCUGAGCGAAAGAGCAAGAGCAGCCAGAGUGCCCUGGAUCUGCUGCAUGCCAAGACCCUCUCAGCAGCACCCCCUCAGGAUGCAUACAGGUCACCUCAAAGUCCCUUCUACCAGCUACCUCCCAAAGUUCAGCACUAUGCGUCUGGCCAACUUCUGCUGGGCCCCAGUCCUCCUGGCCUACAACAGCUUCUUGACAACAUUAAAGUCCAGUACCUCCAGUUCAUGGCCUACAUGAAGACACCUCAGUACCGCAACAACCUGCAGCAAGUCCUGGAGCAGGAGAAGCUCAAGCACAGAGGGCUUUCUGGGCAGGCGGAGCAUCUGCAGACUGCGUGUCAGACUCACAAAGAGAAAAUCAAAGGGCUCUUCCACCACAAACUGGAUGAGCUGGGAGUGAAGGCCCUCACCAUGGAGGACCUAUUGGAGGCCCAGAAGGAGAUCUCGGCCCACAACCGUCAACUGAAGGAGCAGACCAAGCAGCUGGAGAGAGACAUGGCCGAGCUGAGGGAUCACAGCCUGCUCCUGUUGAAGUCUCGAUGUGAGGAGCUGAAGCUGGAUUGGAGCUCUCUGUGUCUUGAGAGCCUGCUGAAGGAGAAGCAGGCCCUGCGUAGACAGAUCUCAGAGAAACAGCGCCACUGCCUCGAGCUGCAGAUCAGCAUUGUGGAACUGGAGAAGAGUCAGAGGCAACAGGAGCUGCUCCAGCUCAAGUCCUACAGUCCCUGUGAGGGCUCCCUCUACCACAAGGGCCUCCCCGGCCUGGAGGCCCUCCCCCGUCCUCCCCUGGACCACCACACUCCCAAACUCAGCCUGGCUGCGGCCGGCCUCAACAGUCUCAGCCCCGUGCUGUCCAUCAACAGCAUCACCUCACCCUGCUUCCACAGGGGUGGUGUAGGGACCAAGGGAGCGCUGCUCUCCCGCUACCUGCCUAUCUCGCCCGACCACGAGAUUGUACCCCCCACCCCGGAUGCCCGACACAGGCAGCUGGGUCACCCCCUCCCCGACUACACCCGCUACUCCCCAGCUAAGAUCGCCCUGCGCAGACACCUGAACCAGGACUCUAGUAUGGCACACUUCAGAGGCCUGGGCUUCACUGGUCUCAGGGAUAUGGUUGCUGUCACCUCUCCAUUAGGAGCUAAACUGAGCUGCCUCUCUCCCAACUCAUCAGACAGUCCGCAGAACAACACACCCAGGAGUGCUGAGAGGGGUGGCCAGGGUGACACCAUCACCAGCCUGCCCAUCAGUAUCCCCCUCAGCACGGUGCACCCCAGCAAGCUCCCUGUUAGCAUCCCCCUGGCCAGUGUGGUGCUGCCCAGCCGAGCGGAGAGACUGAGGAGCACACCGAGUCCUGUGUCCCAGACAGGCCAGACCAACGGGUACUCCUCUAGCUCAGGGCUGAUGAACGGAGGCUCUCACUCUGAGGACCAGGACAGUGCGGCCCCCUCACCCCCCCCUCACGGUGCCCCUCUAACGGGACCAACACAAGGCCACAGCCCCCCUCUCAGCACCGGGGGGGUCCUCCACUACGCUGACGGCCCCCCCAGAAUCCUCCCUGAGGACUGGGCCGAGCGGCACGGUGAGUCUGACUCUGAGCCCCAGGACAGUGAGUCCAGACGCCGCAUGUUCUUCUCUUCCUCCUCCUCUUCCUCAUCUUCAUCCUCUUCAGGGGGCGCAGUGACUCGCCUACACCUCAGCUCGGGCAGGCAGGGCAAACAUCACCACGGCAACCACAACACCAAUCACCACCACCACUCACCAGGCUCCCAGCACACACACACCCACGGCCAUGGAUCACAAGAGGGACGCAAGCGUGGGAGGAGAAAGCGCAGCUCCACGGGGGCUCAACCUGCCAGCGGCUCCCCAAAGAGGAGGUCCUUUCCUGGGCUCAGCUCCACCAGCCAACCCUCAGGAUCCCCACUCAACAUCAACUCCAUGGUGAAUAACAUUAACCAGCCUCUGGAGAUUGCUGCCAUCUCUUCCCCGGAGCAGUCUGGUUGUAGCCCCUGUGGGCCAGACAUGGACCAGCCUCCCGUACUGAAGAGAGAACGACCUCUGGAGAUCAACGGCUCAGGACACUACUCCUCUGCACCCAGCUCUGACGAUGACUCUGGCUACCCUGCUGACAGCUCCAGCUCAAGAAUUGAAAGGAAGAUUGCCACUAUUUCCUUGGAGAGCAGAGAUGGAGCAGGCAGACCAGGGAACAGUGAGCGGGGAAGGAAAUCGGGAGGCAGCAGCGGGAACAGCACCGGCAGUGAAGUCUCCUCUUCAUCCUCAUCUUCCAACAGCAAGUGGAAGUCUACCUUCUCCCCCAUCUCAGACACCAAGCAGCCCCCAGGCGAGCUGAGGCAGGGGGGCUCCCCCUUCGGUAUGGGGAGAGAGCCACUGGGCCUAGGCACCGACUCAGACUCUGAUCACAAACCGCAGCAGAGGAGGGGGGGCGAAGGGGGUGGGGGCGAGUCCUCAGCAUCUCUGUACAUUCCCCCUAGCCCCUUCCUCAGCCAGGAGGCUGGUGGCAGGCCAGGGGCGGGCCCCCAGGGAGGAAGCAGCUCUGAGAGGCAGGCUAUGCACAAACAGAAGCCCAGGGGGGAGUGGGAGCUGAAGACAUCCAGCAGCCUAGGAAACAGCCAAAACCUCUUCAUCUCUGCGGCUGCCAGCGGGGGUAUCCUGAGUGGGAAGGUGGGGGGAAGCCCAGUAGCUGUGUCCUCAGCCUCAGGGGCUUCUGUGGGACAGUACCUGGGGGCCCAGUUCCCCCUCGGGGGGGCCUCUGUCCUUCAGUCCCUGUUUGGGGCCCAGACACCCAGCACUUCGGUGAGCGGGGCCUCUCGCCUGGUCAACGGACACUCUUCCCUGGGGAGCUUCUCCAGCGCUGGGCUGGCAGGCGGAGCAGCUGGAGGUAUUUUUCACCACGUGGUGCCCUCAGUGUCGUCCCAUCAGUUUGGGGCUGUGCUGCCAGCCACAGGAGGCCUCAGCUCUCUGCUCAGUCUCUCCUCCUCCCAGCAGCAUCAGCACAUUGCCCCUCACUCAUGCUCCUCCUUCCUGGCCUCUGUGUCCUCCACCAUCCCCCUGCCCCUCUCACAGGCCCAGCACAGCCGCACCCAGACAGUACUGCACACUCCUCUGCCCCCCAUGCGCUCUCUUCCACCUCCUCCGCCUCUACUUAAUGUCUCCUACUCUUCCUCUGUCCCCUUUUCCUCUGAGCCCACUCCCUCGUCUCGCUCUGAGUCCUUUCUCUCCUCACGACUAGUUGCCUCUUCCCUCCAGCAUUCGAGGGCACAGUCCUCCUCAAUCUCUCUCUCUGGCUCCUCUGCUCCUGCUUCUGCCCACCUUCCUCCUUCCUCUCGUAACUUCACAGCAAACCAUCCCCCUCACCUGCCCCCUCCAACCCCAGACAGUAUAUCAGGAGGUGGGGGCAUCAUGUGGAGGACUCUGGGCUUGCCUGCUUCCUACAUGUCGUCCUCUCAGCACACCGGUUCCCGGCCUAGAUAGGGUGGGGGUGGGGGGGGGGGGGGGGGGGUAGGUUAGUCAGAGGGAUAAGGAGGAGAGAUCUGGUUGUCCCUGUUCUCCCCAAGCUGCUAUUCAGUCCCAACAAGGUAACUGAAGAAUAUCUACCUCAACCCAACGUAACCUAUGCAAAUGGCCAGGUCUGGACCACGGUACUCUUUCACUGGUGCUCCUAAGCCUGUUAAAUUGCCACACACUCUCACAUUGACACACACAGCAUGGCAUCCUGAGCGGAGUUGAGCGGUCACGGGGGUUUUUGUGUCGUGGGUUGAGGCUGACCGUAAUCCGUGAGUUGUAUACCUCCCAUCCUGAAUGAAUUGGUAUGCUGCCUGCUCUGAACAUUAACGUUAUAGAGACACAGGACAUGCACUGUUUCCAUGGCAGUAAGUUGUACAGGUACAUCACUGUCACCAUGUAACCUGGUGCUACUAAGUAUGAAAUAUAGAUAACUAUAUUGAGCUUUAAGACUCAAUU